CCAAUCGACCGCAUAAUCGGAUUCAAAUGGGCUCUAAUCAAGACCAGUGCAUUUCUCGUGAGACGACAGCAUGUUGAAGGCCCGCCUGAGGGAGGACUCCAUACUGGGACGGUGCCUGGCCACCUCAUCCCCCGUGGAGCGGGGCGACCUAGUCCUGGAGGAGCUGCCCUUCGCCCGUGGGCCGAAGCGGGACAGUGGGAUCGCCUGCCUCGGGUGCUACCAGUUCCUUCAGUUCGGCGAGGACGGUGAUUCGCUGGACCGCUGCGAGCUCUGCGAUUGGCCCCUUUGUGGAUCGUGUGCCGACGCUGAUGACGCCACUGAUCACCGCGGAGAGUGCCAGGUCUUCUCCGCCGCACGUGUCACUUUCGCCGGGAAUGUGAGCGAUGAUGGCGUCUGCCCGCAGUUGGAUUGCAUAACGCCAUUGAGGGUUCUGCUUGCGAAGGAGGCUAAUCCCGAGCGAUGGGACAGCGAGGUGGCACCAAUGGAGCACCACGAGGAGGAGCGGAAGAAGGACGCAGAUGUGUGGCACGCGGAUCGCGUUAAUAUUGCGCAGUAUUUGCGGGGUCCCUGCAAACUGGCCUCCCGGUUUAGUGAGGAACUGAUUAUGCAGGUGGUGGGAGUGCUGGAGGUGAACGCCUUUGAGGCGAGAAGCUCGAAGGGCUAUCCCCUAAGGUGCCUCUUCCCCUACACCGGCAUUCUGGCCCACAAUUGUGUUCCGAACACAUCCAGGAGCAUCUAUCCCAGCGAGGGCUACAAAAUCCGCUUGCGUGCCAUGGUGGACUUGGAGGAGGGUCAGCCACUGCAUCACAGCUACACGUACACUCUGGAUGGCACUGCCCAGAGACAGAAGCAUUUGAAGCAGGGCAAGUUCUUCAGCUGCAAGUGCGAUCGCUGUCUGGAUCCCACCGAAUUGGGAACGCACUUUUCCAGCCUAAAGUGUGGUCAGUGCGCAGAGGGAUACCAAGUCCCCAGAGAGCCGACGGAACUGGACACCAGUUUUAACUGCGGCAGCUGCGGAGCUACCACUACCAACUCGGAGGCGGUGGCUAUGCUCAUAUCCCUUCAGUCCGAAGUAAACUCAGUGCAAGCCCUGGAAAUGGGAGCAAAGCGGCUCGAAGAGGUCGAACGACUGCUGCGCAAGUACAAAUCCCUGCUCCAUCCGCAGCACUUCAUCGCCACAGGGCUGAGACAGCUGCUCAUCGAGAUGUACGGAAGGGUCAAGGGCUACGAGAUGGUCCAGCUGCCGGAUCACCAACUGGAGCGUAAGGCGGAGCUCUGUCGCCAAGUGCUGCGGGUACUGAAUACCUUCGAACCCGGUCUCAGUCGAACCCGAGCCAUGAAUCUCUACGAGCUGCACGUUCCCCUGGUGCUCUUGGCCAAAAGCGGGUUUAUUGCUGGCAAGCUAAACGGAGGAGAGUUGCGUGCCCGCCUCGUGGACGCCAUAGAUCUUCUGAAGGAGUGCGUGGAGAUCCUGGAGUUCGAGGACAAGAGCUCCCAGGAGGGAGUUCUCUGCGGAGUGGCUAAGCAGGCGCUGAAGCAGCUAACUCUGAGCGUGGAGGGCCUGGGAAGCGAACUCGAUUGAUUACUUAUGCAUAUCGGAUAGCUUUAUUGGGAACUGUUCAAGGGACACUACUGUGGUAGACGGUGUUACAUUCAAAAUCUUGUUAGUGCUGGUGGAAGGUCGUAAAUGUCAAAAGAACAAUAAACUACAACUAAAAAGUGA